UACUGGACUUUUCCCAGCCAGGGGAACACAGCGAUGUUGUGUUGGUUGUGCAGAUUUCAUGUUCAUCGCUGUAUUCUGGGGAUGUGGUCCGAAGUAUUCUCUAAGAUGUUUACUGCACAAUUCAAAGAGAAAACAGCCGAAGAAGUCCCUCUUCCGGGAAAGAAAUCAGUUGAAAUCAGGGAAAUGCUGCUGGUGAUUUAUCCAACGUCCACAAAACUGAUCGGUGAAAGCAAUUGUUCUUUUUUACUUGACCUAGCGAAAGAGUACAUGAUGACUAAGAUCACUGAGAAAUGUGAAAUUUACCUCAUUGGCCGCGUUUGGGCUCUCCCGUGAGUAAGUGUGGUGUAUGCAAAUGUGGAAAAUCUCGUGACUAUCUGAAGAAGGGAAAUUGUAAGAGCUUUUAGUCAUCGCCCAAAACUAUGGACUCAAUAGGUUGGAAAGGGAAUGCAUCGCGAUAGCAAAGCACAUCCAAUUCUCGGAGCUGAAGAAAGACAACAACUUUGACAAGAUCAGUGCUGCUUACUAUCGGAAGAUUGUUGAGGGUAUGUUACUAUAA